UCUGUUAUGUUGACCCUGUCUAUAAUAUAGAACAAACUGAAGUGUUUAGAUUCACUGUUAGAGAUGAAGACAGUAAGAUGGGGGCGAGCAAUGUCCUAAGAUGCCCCCCGCACAGCCUCCGUGAUGAUAUGUUGAAAUCCGCGUCUUGUCAUGUUCAAGAUGUCCCGCAAACUGAAUGUUAUGGGGGGUUAGGCUUUGCACGUGGAGUCGCCUCAUGCCAGAGGUACACAUUUCCUCUGAAUUCAGUUACGAGGGAGAGGAGUCCGCGGCUGGGGACUUUUGUUUCACCUCAGAAUCAGACAUCGUUAUAAAAGUUGUCCUGCUCGUCGUUGUAAAGCCUGGAGUGCUUGAGUGUUUUGAUACCGGCAAGCAUUGUGUCGCGUUCGCGCGCACGUUCUUGUGGGAGGGGCUUAACUUGCGCAAGGGCGUGAUGUCAGAAGUUUCAAAUCGCCAUCUUAGAUGGGUCAAAUCGCCAUCUUGCUUAGGUAAUCCUGCCCACGUCACCUUUAAAGCGACACUUGAUACCGUAAUAAAACAUUUUAAUAUCUUUUGUGAUGAUACAUCGACUUACAACUAGUUGAAGGACCCCUCUGUCACGGCCUGAGGGCGUCAGUAUUGCUUUCACUUGGACUAAGCAACUGCGAGGAGGAUGGUAGGAACCCUGCACACUAAACAACAAAUGUGCGGACUGCUUUACGGCAAGCGUCACUUCCCCCUUUCGUUACAAGGACAGAACUCCAGGUGCCGCAAACAUGGCAGAAGGUGGACAACAGAGAAAGAAGCCUAAAGUGUUGUCUGAGGAGACAAAAAAAAGAAAAAGAGAGGCUACUCGGAUAAAAGCACAGUCCAGGAUAAACAUUGGCCCGGCUUUCACUCGCUGGCGUGAGCUGAAAGAUGAGGAGGGAUUUCCGACAGAUGCUGCCUUGGCUCUGUUCCUGCUGGACAAUGCGCACUUCAGCGACGAUGACUACGUUUCUCCAAGCCCAGGACAGAGUCAGAGACGUGUGUUGAAGAGUGCUGCUGUCCCUGCAUCGCUGCAGGCAGUGCCUUCUGUGAUCAACACUGAUUCCCUCAGCACGCGGCUGCCGUCGCAGCCUCGUGUGAGGAACAAAGCCACGCAGACCGGACCCAACACGCCUCCUGUGUCCCAUCAGUCAGCCUUCCAGCUGGUCUACGUUCCAGUGAGAUGCUCUGCGCCUCCUCAGGACUCCAGAUCCACGAGCCCCCCCGGUCUGCCGCCUGUAGAGGAUGUGGAGUCUGAGUCUGACAACUCUUCAACACAAACCAAUGGAGUCAGCGGCGGCGAGCCGACGUGUGUUGUGUUCGAGAGCUGUCUCCGAGAGCUGUUCCAGAGGUGCCCGGUGUGCGAGCACCGCUGUGAGGUGCAGCGGUGCCAGCUGGGCACGUGCGUGUCCUUCGCCCAGCUCUGCAGCCGCUGUCAGUACAGCAGGAGGUGGCAGAGCGAACCGCUGCAGCACCGCGUCAGAAACCUGGAGAGCUCUGCAGAUCAGGUCGAAUCCUUCACACUGGUGCAUGAGCAGGAAGACAAGACAGCGGUGGCAGGCAGACUGCCAGGCUUGUACAGAUGCUCAGAUCCUCUGUCGGACGUCUCCGUCACUGAGCAAAACACUCCUCAGCACAUCGUGGACGAGGAUUCCAUCCUGCAGCUCAUGAAGAACUGCCCCAUCUGCAGGAAGAGCUGCCGCUGCACCAAACGCUCGCGCGGCCCGUACCUAGUCGUCCACCAGAGCUGCUACUUCUGCCACUACCGGCGGAAGUGGACCAGCCAGCCCGAAGCACAGCUCCUCAACGUGUACAACACCAACAAGACAAAGCGCCGCCGCAAGGAGAAGGCUCCGGCCGAGGUGCAUCUGAAGAUCUGAGGGCAUCGGCCCCUGCUCCGGCUUCGUUUUGACCCCUGAACUAGAGCGUUCACAUUGUCCUCGACUCUGCUAUGGACUUCUGAGUUUAAUAAGCACUUGUUUUUUCUCCUCUCCUAAACGUCCUGCUGAAUCUGUAAUUUCAGUCAGACAUUCUCAAUAAAUCCCUAUUCUGUUCAAGUGCCCAAAAAAGUGAGCAACACACUUGUUAUUCUAUAAAACAUAAUGCUGUCGGGUCCAAAACAGCAUAGUUUUAUAUCUCAGCUUUCUGCAAGGGCACAAGAAGUGUAUUACUUUGCUUCUUUAUUGUCCGUAUGUGUACAGGUGUCAGUUACAAAACUCACAGAGCAGCUGAUGUGGAAAAUAAAACAGAACCAUGAACACAUAUCCUGUAAUAAAUAC